AACACUGUGCCCCUGAAUCAUGAGGCUCAAUUGCAGCCGCUACGCGACAGAAUCGCCCUUGUGGCAGCCAGGAGGGUGGCCAAGUAUGUACAACUCCCCGGUGGAGAGGGACUGCUGCAACACCUCCUUGAACGGCAACAGGGAGACCUCAGGGAGUCUCCUGGCCGGCUGUGGGUGUGGGUCAGUGGCUGAUGUAGCAAGCAAACUCCUCCCCAUGGCGCUUAUAGUCGACAAGGGCUGUGACCGGCCUGUGGCGGGGUACUCUGUACUCCCGCCCUGGGCACCAGAAGCAGUUGUGAUCCACAUCCAAGACCUCCCAGUUAGCAAGCGUCACUGUCCACAACACGUGCUGCAGCAAUGGGCUGCAGUGAGUAUUGCAGCAGCGAGCACCCUGGGUGCGCCGUAUAUUACACCGAUGGCUCCCGAGAUCCAGAGGCUGGCCGCACAGGUGCCGGGGUGCACCAUGCCACCCUGACGGCUGGAUGGCGUCUCCAAGAUCACUGCACAAUUCUCCAGGCAGAACUCCAUGCCAUCCAGAGGGCCCUGCAACACACACUCCUGGAUCAUCGGCGACCCCCAGUCAUUCAUGUGGACUCCAGAGCGGCGAUCCAGGCCGUCAUGCACAGGGAGCCCAGGGACAACAUCCGGCUAAUUACUGCCAUCAGGAAGGACCUGCAGACACUUAAGGAGCAGGGACAGCAAGCAACAAUCAACUGGAUACCGAGCCACAUCGACCUCGCUGGGAAUGAUGCGGCAGAUCGAGCGGCGAAGUCGGCAACCCUUGAGGCCCAGCCAGUGACCACCAUUGCUAUCAGCCGAAGGCAGGUGGAUCUGUGGGCAGCUGAUGCAGCCAGGCGCCCGCUACCAGGGCCAGGCACAUCGCGGAGCCGGAUCUGGUAUGACAGGGCGACCCGUGGGGAGCCCCCGCCGAGCAUGCGGAGGCUAGACAGGAAGUUGCAGGUUGGGGUCCACCGGCUGCGACUUGGCUACCCUACUGCCAGAAGACUCAUUGACCGCGUGCGAGAGGAGCGCUGCUGCCAUUGCAACCAGAUGGUCCCAGGUCCACUAGUGCACUACCUCCUUGACUGUCCAGCGACGGUGCCACUCCGACGAAGGCACUUCCCAAUGGCGCCUGGGGACCCGAACCGAGAAGACACCGCAGCCCGGCUGGUGUACCUCGCCACCCAAGACCUGGGAACUCUCAUCCCCAUCCUGGCUGCCCACCCACCACCUCGAUGACGCCGCCACAUACAACUACGAGUCGCCACUACGUUCCAUCUAUCACCUCUCCUACUCUUCCUUCUUUCACUCCCCUACCUCCUCUCCCCCCCGCUUAAAAAAAAAAAAAAAAAAAAAAAAAAAAAAAAAAAAAAAAAAAAAUCCAAUGGAGCCUGUACCGCUUUCUAGGUAAAAGUCUGAAUCACCUAGAACCAUGCCACACUACCAACAUUUGACGGGGCUACAAGUGCCUGAAGACCCUUGACCUUGCGAUGCCUGCCGACGAGAAAGAAAGAAGACACUCCCCACUUGGGGAGUCAGUGCAAGAUAGAAGAAGAAGUUACCCUCCAACCGGAGGGCCCAAGAGAGAAGAUAGAAGAAUGAAGAAGACGAUCGACACCCCCGCCCCGGGGGCCACCGCCGGGUCACCAUCUGGAGAAGACCCGGGCCGGAAGUACCGGCAAAUCUUUAAUGAAUGAAUGAACCCUAACAGUAGACAACAACUGCGACUUCUGCGCCAGCGCUCGUCGGGUGUGGAUGUCUUUCCUCGCCUGAGUGUCCGUGAUAAAUUUCCCCCGUUCUCUCUGGGACGCUUGUCCUCAUCUAUUUUGUCCCUCGGGCACAUUACAGGAGGGGCACCCGGUCCUGUAACCUCCGUGGCCUGGUGGCUAAAUCUCCCGCUUCACACACGGAUGGCCCGGGAUCGAUUCCCGGCGGGUGGAAACAUUUCGGCACUUUUUCUUACACCUGUUGUCACCUAGCAGCAAAUAGGUACCUGGGUGUUAGUCGACUGGUGUGGGUCGCAUCCUGGGGGACAAGAUUGAGGACAGUCCUCGAUGACGCACUGACUUUCUUGGGUUAUCCUGGGUGGCUAACCCUUCGGGGUUAAAAAUCCGAACGAAAUCUUCUCUUAUCGGUUUACUUUCAGCCAUGUUUCCACUUUGAGGAUAAUUCUCAAACGGUUUUCGGUGGGAAACCGGUUACUGAACUCAGGUGGCGGUGUGGGCCUCACACUGCUGGUGCUUGACAAGGAGGUCCACCGGAUCUAGUUGGAAACUUCAGGUUUAUAUUUCUAUUUACAAAGGAACUCUUUUUUCCUUUAUCUUUCAUCGCCCAGCUUUGGGAAACAAAUCAUCACCGAACAUCGGGAAGUCGGGUUCGAUACUGCGUAAGCCGUCAGGGGCCCUGAUAAACCCAACAAACAAACAAAAACAAUGGCUGAGUUUGGGGCUCAUAUUACCGUCACAGCGAGGACACGUCCCUCGAUAUUUGACGUUGUGGCUCAGGAUGGUCUUAUGUCCACCCUACAACCGGCUGUGACACAUGUCAUGAAGGUGGUAGCGGAAAGCAAUCCUGAGAAAUACGAGUGGUGUUUGAAAUAUUCCAGUGAAAUAUUUGCAGCAUUUAAUCUUAUUUUACAGCAUCACUACUUAUCAAAUUAUGGUG